AUGAAGUGUCCGCUGCACAGUUACUCCACCAGAGAAGGAUCCACCUCCUGCGUCUGUGACAAAGGAUUUUUCCGCUCCGAGACGGACCCGGCCUCUAUGCCCUGCACCCGGCCGCCCACUGCUCCUCUACAUCUGAUCUCCAACGUGAACGAGACGUCGGUGAAGCUGGAGUGGACGGCCCCUCGCAGCUCGGGCGGGCGCCAGGACCUGAGCUACAAUGUGGUUUGUAAGCGUUGCGGCGCAGACGGCCUGCGCUGCCUGCCGUGUGGGAACAGCGUCCACUUCAGUCCACAGCAGCUGAGCCUGAGAGCGACCCGCGUGGCCAUCACCGAGCUGCAGGCCCACACCAACUACACCUUCGAGGUCUGGGCCGUCAACGGGGUCUCGCCGCAGAGUCCUGGACCAGACCAGGCCGUGUCCGUGACCGUGACCACCAACCAGGCCGCUCCGUCUCCGGUGACGUCCAUCCAGGCGAAGGACAUCACUCGCCACACCAUCUCGCUCUCGUGGAUGGCGCCCGAGCGAGCAAACGGCGUCAUCCUGGAGUACGAGGUCAAGUACUACGAGAAGGACCAGAACGAGCGCAGCUACAGGAUCAUCAAGACCUCGGCGCGUCACACGGACAUCAAAGGCCUCACGCCGCUCACUUCCUACGUGUUCCAUGUGCGAGCGCGGACCGCGGCCGGAUACGGCGACUUCAGCGCCCCCUUUGAGUUCAUGACCAACUCCGUCCCUGCUCCGAUCAUCGGUGAUGGUGCGAACUCGACCGUGCUCCUGGUGUCGGUCGUGGGCAGCGUGGUCCUCCUCCUCAUCCUCAUCAGUGCCUUCGUCAUCAGUCGCAGAAGGAGUAAAUACAGCAAAGCCAAACAGGACGCUGACGAAGAGAAGCAUCUGCACCAAGGAGUGAGGAUCUACGUGGACCCGUUCACCUACGAAGACCCGAACCAAGCCGUGAGAGAGUUUGCCAAAGAGAUCGACGCCUCCUGCAUCAAGAUCGAGAAAGUCAUCGGCAUCGGUGAGUUUGGGGAGGUGUGCAGUGGUCGUCUGAAGAUGCCGGGGAAACGGGAGAUCUGUGUCGCCAUCAAGACGCUGAAGGCCGGAUACACGGACAAACAGAGGCGGGACUUCCUGUCUGAGGCCAGCAUCAUGGGACAGUUUGACCAUCCCAACAUCAUCCACCUGGAGGGCGUGGUCACCAAGUGUAAACCGGUCAUGAUCAUCACAGAGUACAUGGAGAAUGGAUCCCUGGACGCCUUCUUGAGGAAGAACGACGGGCGCUUCACGGUGAUCCAGCUGGUGGGGAUCCUGCGCGGCAUCGCUUCAGGGAUGAAGUAUCUUUCCGACAUGAGCUACGUGCAUCGAGACGUGGCGGCGCGGAACAUCCUGGUGAACAGUAACCUGGUCUGCAAAGUCUCGGACUUCGGGAUGUCGCGGGUGCUAGAGGACGACCCCGAGGCGGCCUACACCACACGGGGAGGAAAGAUCCCGAUCCGCUGGACCGCCCCGGAGGCCAUCGCGUAUCGCAAGUUCACGUCAGCGAGCGACGUGUGGAGCUACGGCAUCGUCAUGUGGGAGGUCAUGUCGUACGGAGAGAGACCCUACUGGGACAUGAGCAACCAGGAUGUGAUCAAAGCCAUCGACGAGGGUUACCGGUUGCCUCCUCCCAUGGACUGCCCCGUGGCCCUGCACCAGCUCAUGUUGGACUGCUGGCAGCGGGAGCGAGCCGACCGCCCAAAGUUCGGACAGAUCGUGAACAUGUUGGACAAACUGAUCCGCAACCCCAGCACCCUAAAGCGGACCGGGGGCAGCGAACCAGCCACACGCCGGUCGAACCCCUCUCUGCUAGAGCCCGGCAGCCCAGAGCCCCCUGCCUCUGCUGGGACGGUGGAGGACUGGCUCAGGGCCAUCGGGAUGGAACGAUACUGCGACAACUUCACAGCCGCCGGAUACACCACUCCAGAGACCGUGGUGCACAUGACACAGGAAGACAUGGCUCGAAUCGGCAUCUCCUCCUCCCCCCACCAGAACAAGAUCCUGACCAGCGUCCAGGGAAUGCUAGGCAAGAUUGAAGGAAUAAAGAGUUGUGGAAAAGUUGCAGAAGACGCAGGGACGAGGAUCAACGAAACUCGAGUUGGUCCACGGUGGACGCGUCAUACAAGCUGCAGCCUCCAUCACGAUCCUGGGUCCAUCGACUCUCUCUGCGCCACAGAAACCUGCUCUUCCUGCUCUCUCUCCUCUCUCUCUCCUUCCGGCGAACCCAACCCCUGA